AUGGAGAUGGCGGAGGCUAAAGCUGAGGAGGCUGCAACGUGGGUUUGUUGGGACAUUGAGAACUGUCCGAUUCCCAAUGGCUGCAAAGCUGAAGAGAUCUCUCAGAAGAUAAGCUUGGCUUUGAGUAAGUUGAACUACCUUGGUCCAAUCUCUAUCUCUGCGUAUGGAAACAUGAAUCACAUUCCUCCUUCGGUCAAAAAAGCUCUCUCUUCCACUGGAGUUGUUCUUAAUCACGUCCAUGUGAACUCCAGAAGUUCUAGUUCGCGUAUUUUCCGCGAAUUAUUGGAUUGGGCAUAUAAUUCAGACACAUCUAAUUUAAUCUUCAUAUCCCGUGACGAUUCUUUCUGUUCUUAUCUUAGCAAAUGGCAAAGGGAUCGAAACAAAAAUGUUCUUCUAGCACAUCCUCCAAAUGCUUCAGACUCAUUUGUUUCUUCUGCAAAGACCACAUGGCUGUGGAAUAGCUUGUGUACGAGCCUUAUAUAA